GUGGGUCGCGUUUCCAAGAUGGCGACUCCCUAUGUUACUGAUGAAACCGGAAAAUACAUUGCAUCCACACAGCGUCCAGAUGGUACCUGGAGAAAACAAAGACGGGUGAAAGAAGGCUAUGUUCCCCAAGAAGAAGUGCCAGUGUAUGAGAAUAAAUAUGUGAAGUUCUUUAAAAGCAAGCCAGAAUUACCUCCAGGCUUGAAUCCAGAAGUUCACACACCUGUGGCCCGGCAAACGUCAAAGGGACCUGAGGGUGGCGAGACGGGGCUGUCCAAGACCGCUAAGAGGAAUCUCAAACGGAAGGAGAAGAGGAAACAGCAACAGGAAAAAGGGGAUCAAGAUGCCGAUGACCUGAUUCAGUCUUUAGAGAAAACAACCUUGUCAGUGACACCAAGCAGCUGUGGGGAUGGUAAGCUGGCUGUGUCUGAUGCCAACCCAAGAGCCUCUGCUGGCAGCAGGGAUGUGUCCGCCACUGCCAUCUUAGAGAAAAACAAGAAAAUUAAAAAUCUGAAAAAGAAACUACGGCAGGUGGAGGAGCUGCAGGCGCGGAUUGACUCUGGGGAGAUCAAGCAGCCGACCAAAGAGCAGUUAGAGAAGCUGGCUCGACGGAAAGCUUUGGAAGAGGAACUUGAGGACCUGGAACUGGAUUUGUAAAGGGUUGGAAUAUCAACUGGACCUAGUGUGUGUAGGAACAAACCGUCCCCGGGGAAACAUUCUCAGAACGGUGCAACAAAAAAGACCAGAAGAUGGUGAUGUCUUCAGGCUUCCCCUUUGUAUCAUUAUUUUAUUUUAUGUUGAUGCUGUCUGAAUUUUUAAAAGUAUUUCUCCCAGCUGUUGAUGUGUUAGCUAUCUAGGACCUCUUUAAGGACAACGGGUUUGCCACCUACUUCUUUCUAGUUUCUUCCUCCCCUUCCCACCUCCAUUCCUGUUUCAGGCAGGUAGCUGAAAUGUCAUUUGGCACAGAGGGGCUGACUUUCAGAGGCACCUGAGCAGGGGGAGCAGUCUGUCUUUUCUUCCUGCCACUGUAUUAUAUUCAACAUUUUCACGUUCUCUGUAACAGUCACACGGCCUUCCAUCUUCUCU